AUGGAUGGAUCCCCGGACUCUUCUCAGCUUCUCCUCCAUGAAUCUGCUGGGCCGAUGAAUUACCAGACCCUCAGCAUGGCAGGCGAUGCCUCCGAGUCAUCACGGGAGAGGAUAGAAGAGUCAUCCUCUCCCAAUUUACACCCGAAUGCCACUUCGACUCCACGAACGCAAACCACCUCCGCACAGAGCUUCACACCCCGCUCGCUCAUCGUCGGCCUUAUUAUCGGUGCAUUGAUAACCUUCUCCAACACCUACUUUGGUCUCCAGACGGGAUGGAUCAGUACUAUGGCAAUGCCUUCUGCCCUGAUAGGCUUCUCGGUCUUCAAGGUGUUAUCGAAACAGCUCUCGUUCCCGUUUACGCCGAUUGAGAACGUCCUGAUCCAGACCGUCGCCGGGGCUGUGGGAACUAUGCCGCUUGGAUGUGGAUUUGUUGGUGUCAUUCCAGCCCUGGAGUUUCUGCUCAAGGAUGGCGAGGAUGGGCCAGCGGGUGAUGGAGGUGAAGGCGAGGGCGGGCCCCUCAAGCUUGGAUUUUGGAAAUUGGUGAUCUGGAGUCUGGGAGUCUGCUUGUUUGGUGUUGUAUUUGCGGUUCCUCUGCGAAAGGAGGUUAUUGUACGGGAAAAAUUGAAAUUCCCUAGUGGCACCGCCUCUGCAUUGAUGCUCCGGGUUCUUCACGGGGCUGGAAAGAAUGAGAAGGUUCCGGUUGAAUCUCAACAUAGCUCAGUCGAGCUCAAUCAAGAGACAGGAACAUCACAGCUUCCCUCGGAGGAGACAAGUGGUCUGCUUCUGAAAGAUGGCGAGGCGGAGGAUCAGGCAACGGACCAGAAAGAUUGGCGAUCGAAGAUGCGGUUGCUGAUCGGUGCCUUUGCGGGCUCCGGUCUUUAUACCGUGUUUUCGUACUUUGUUCCAUUGAUUCACGACAUCCCACUAUUUGGUGUGGAUCUUGCUCGUGACUGGCUCUGGACUCUAAACCCAUCUCCUGCAUAUAUUGGCCAAGGAAUUAUCAUGGGCCCAUCAACAUGUAUGCAUAUGCUUUUUGGUGCAGUGCUUGGGUGGGGUGUACUUUCACCUCUUGCCAAAGCUCGCGGGUGGGCCCCCGGGGCUGUUGAUAGCUGGGAAGAUGGAAGCAAAGCCUGGAUCGUUUGGAUCUCAUUGGCAAUUAUGCUUGCAGACUCUCUGGUCAGCCUCGGCUGGCUCGUUGUAAAGCCCUUGAUUAACAAUGGUCCCAGAUGGCUAGCCCGGUUCCGCGCUACACGACUGGGUAGAUGGAUUGGUCUACACCUCCAAUCUUCUCAAUCACAGGACCAUUCCUACGUUAAUUACUCUGCCCUGAGUCCGGGUGGAUUACACGAUGAUGGAAUCCAUGAUCAAUCUGCCCCAGCCGUCACCAAUGUGGAGGAAGAAGAGGAUGCGCCACCAUCCCAGCUCAUCUCAACCCGCACAGUGAUCAUCUUACUUCCCCUAACACUGAUCUUGAAUGUUAUCUGCAUGCACUUCGCUUUUGGUGAUAUCAUAUCUCCAUGGCUAUCUAGCCUAGCCACUCUUCUCGCCCUACUGCUUUCUAUAAUGGGCGUCAGAGCUCUUGGUGAAACAGAUCUAAAUCCAGUAUCUGGAAUCAGCAAACUCACACAACUUCUCUUCUCACUUGCAACACCCGCAUCUCACUUCUCCCGCCGGACAGCACUUGUCACAAACCUACUGGCAGGUGCAGUCUCAGAAUCCGGCGCUCUCCAAGCAGGUGACAUGAUGCAGGACCUGAAAACAGGACACCUCCUCGGCGCUAGCCCUAAGGCCCAAUUCUACGGCCAAAUGAUCGGUAGCGUUGUCGGUGCCGUCCUCUCAACAGCCGUCUACAAGAUGUACGUCAAUGUAUAUGAAAUCCCAGGUGAAAUGUUCCAGACCCCAACAGCGUAUGUUUGGAUCUUUACUGCCCGUCUGGUCACCGGCCAGGGACUGCCAGAUAUGGCAUGGCAGGCAUCACUGAUUGCAGGUAUGAUCUGGAUGGGACUUACAGCACUGCGCAUUGCCGCUGCGUCUCCUGCUUUUGCGCGUGAUGGAAAGCCUCCCGCGUGGAGAGACUGGAUUCCUGGUGGAAUUGCCGUUGCUGUUGGUAUUUUCAAUGUUCCUUCCUUUACGCUUGCGAGAGCCAUUGGCGGAAUUAUCGCUUGGUGGUGGUCUCGCCGUCACAGCUCGUCCACUCAAUCUCAUCAGAAUGACGGAUCUGCUCAGCCAGGCUCGGCGGACUCCGCUGCUAGAGUCGAGGGACCUGUUUCCACAGCACAGGCAGCCGAAAAGGCAGAUGCUGCCACCUCCACAAUUGUUGUUUUGGCCUCUGGUCUUAUUCUUGGUGAAGGUAUCAUGAGUAUCGUGAACCUUCUACUUGCCAGUGCAAAAGUCCCUCAUCUGUAG